AUGUUUAAAGUCGCCGCCCCAGUUCAGCUACCAAACCUAAAUGGUUAUAAGCAGAAUGGCUCGACCAACAACCGAGACGAAGACGAGCUGAAAAUCCCAAAUAUUUCUUCAUUCUAUCGUUCACCUUAUAAUGGUAGAGUCAAGUGCAAGAAGACUCCGAAUCAUCCAAGUAUCAUCACAGAUUCCAACAGAAAAGAACUUCCGGUAGUUUCGAACGUUUCGUGCGAUUCUGAUUCCGUACAAUUGACCAAAUCAGAAACUACUUGUACCGGAAGUACCGCUUACACCGGAAGUACAGAUGGCGGUUCAGACAGUCAUUCGGACAUAUCUAGCAAUAACUCUUCAGGUCUUCGAGGAAUUCUUUCGAACCGUGAAAAGAAAUCCAAAAAGAAGACCGAAAAGAGAGUAAAGUUUCACGAACAGUUGGAGGAUAUUCGAGAGGUCAAGGACAUUUCGUGUAGACCUUUCAAAAUCAAACCACAUCCUUUGAGCGUGAAAAUCAAAGAAAACAACCUAUUUAACAAACUUUCGUUACGGGGUACGGCUAGUGAAACUGAUAUAUUCCGUAAAAGGAAACAUCAAUACGAUGUCGACCGCCAAACUCAUUCAUUUAGUGAUAUUGGAAGUAUUUCGAUUGAGACAACGUCCCCGGGUUCCUAUUCGAGUGGAUCCACAUAUAGUGAGAACUCUAAACAAAUGAAGUCUCUUUUCAAAUCUCCUAUGCGUCAUUCCUAUCAACAACAGUAUCCUAGAAGCGAAGCUUACAGAAAGAGGGACCCAUAUUCCCCGAAACAAGACAAACGUUGUCCGCCUGUUGCUUUUCGUGAACCCGUAAACAAACGAUCUGAAUCUGUUCUGUCAAUGUACUCUCCUAAAUUUCUUCACGAUUCCAACGGUCAACAAUUUGUAGUCUGUCGUCUUGCUAUCCCAGAUCAUGACGAUUUUUUGUCUUCAUACAAAAACGAGAACAUUUUGAGAGUGAAACCGGGCUUAAAACCUGUUCUCCCCGAAGAGCUAGCCACAAUCAAUACGAAUGCCACUAACUUCUGUAACCGAGACAAGUCCAGUCGUAUUAUGCGGUGGUUAGAUUCCGUGGAUGAUGUUCACACUAAAGAAGGGAGGUAUGCCGAACUUUUCGAAUCUGUGUUUCAUACCCAUAGGACUGGAUAG